AUGAGCAACCGUCACUAAAUGGCGUAGCCUUGCAGUUGCACACAUCAUUGCUUUCCUCUGAUGAAGUACAUCGAAUGUUCGAUAAAGUAACUUUACAGUUACGGACAUAAUCGUUGAACAUCUCGCCAGAUGUCUCUGGGACCGGAAUCCUUGGACCAUUUUCCCACCUUGCGUUCUGGCACUCCGACUUACCCUGCUUAUCGCCACUUCAACAGUGACAACAGUUGAACACGUUUGAUAAACCAUGAUUGGGAAAACCUAGGCCCUGAAGAUCAUGGUCUGGUCUGAUGAUUCUCGUGGUCGGACUCCGAGGAACUUCAGACUGUGCAGUUCUGCCUAUCAUUGAAUAGAAGAAGUGAAAUUUUACCCGGUUAUGGUGCAUCAAAAGGCCUUAUGACGUCAUGCUGACAUCGAGAAAGCUACAAACAUUACUGCUAGUGCUACCUCUAACCUAAGUAUUCUGCAAUCAAGGAGUGCUACCUCUUCUUUCUUUUUUAAGUUGGUGCAUCUCUUUUACAAACAACACAUACAACUUGUGCACUUUAUUGACGUUUCAAGAUGGACCAGUGUACUUUUGAAUUUCUGGAGUUUAUGGACAGUCUUACAACCAGACUGUUUGACUCAAUUAAAAAUAUAUUAAGUGAUCAAGACAUACCAAUAAUUAAAGAAACGAUAUUCAAAAGCAACAUUCACGGUGUCUUCAACGCAUGUGAUGCACUUCUGAUCACAGAGGAUGAACUGAAUGCAGUAACAACAGUGAAGUCAUUUCUGCAACUUCUUCAUCCAUUCAACAGAACUCUAAAAGGAAUACCACAAAUAUCAUUUUUUACUGCUUUGCACUGGAUAGCACAAGUACUUUCCCGCUAUGACUUACUUCCAGUUAUAAGGAGUGCUUCUCUAGAGUUUCAAGGAUACUGGACCUUAAUGAAUCAGCAACUUCAAGAAUCAGCUCUGCCUUUUGAAAUAAGUGAGCCAAAAGCAAAGGAAGCUUUCAAAAAAGCACUUGAAGAUGGUAGUAAAGAAGUACACCGCACACGACUCAUGAUUGUUGGACAAGAGCGGGUUGGGAAAACAAGUCUGAUGAAGAAUCUUACGCACCAGAGUUUCAACAGAAAUGAAUUAUCAACAGAAGGAAUUACAUCGUCAUUAGUUUGCAACAUUGACAUCAAGCAUGCUACAUGUACUUCCUGGCGUCUGCACCAAGAAGGAGGUGUAUCACAUGACCCAACCAGCUUCAAAGAGGAAUAUGAACAAUGCAUGGCAAGUGAAGUAGACUUCAACAUUCAACAGGGGAUAAUAGAAGACUUUGCUGCUUUUUAUGAACAACUGAUGUGGAAUUCUAUAGAUUUUGUGCAACCAGGGAAAGAGUCCUCAGAAGAGCAAGCAACAAUAGAGGAAGAGUCCUCAGAAGAACAAACAACAAUAGAGGAAGAGUCCUCAGAAGAACAAACAACAAUAGAGGAAGAGUCCUCAGAGGAGCAAAAAACAAGGGAGAAAAAUUCCUCGAAAGAGCAAAAAACAAUGGAGAAAGAGUCCUCGGAAGAGCAAGCAAUAAUGGAGAAAGACUUGACAGAAAAACACACACCAGUACCAGCUGAAGCGGACAAAAUUAAGGUGAAAAAAUUAAGGCAAAGACAAGCAUCUGGUGGAGCUGAGGAGCCGAUAGUUCUUAGCAUCUGGGACUUUGCUGGCCAAGAUUUAUAUUACACCACCCAUCAGACAUUUCUGUCUUCACGAGCAAUUUAUGUCAUCGUAUUCAACCUCUGCCAUGACCUUGACAAACCAGUACCACAUCCAGACUGUUCCACAAAUCCACAGGCACAGAGUGCCUGGACAAUGACGCCCCUUCAGUAUCUGGAUUUCUGGAUGCAAUCAGUGUAUACCUACACUAAGGAGAAUGCUUCUCCGCAUCACGUCAGGUUGGACCAGAAGUCACCUCCAAUCUUCCUUGUUGGGACACAUAGAAACAGUGUAGGGGGAGAGGACAUUUCAGACCAGGAACGCAAACUGUUGAUAAAUGACAAAUUUACCCGUAUAAGACAAGAACUGUGUAACAAACCAUACUGGAGGUUUAUGGUGAAUAGUUUUUAUGCCAUAGAGAACUCUCUCCCAUACAGCAGAAAGAUCUCACACUUACGUGAUCACAUAGAAUCUGUAGCUAGAAAGGAGCCAUACAUGGGAGAGGAGAUCCCACUGCGUUGGCUACUGUUUGAUCGAAACAAGAUGACUAAGGUAGCCAAAAAUAUUAAGCGUGGAACUGAGACACCUGUUCUGACUUUGAAGCAGAUCAAAGAUGCCUUUGGGAUUGAGGAUGAAACCGAACUUCUGACGAUGCUGAAGUUCUACCAUGAUCUCGGCCACAUUAUCUACUUUGGAGGUGAUGGUGAUCAGAAGAGUCAAGCCUUGAAGGAUGUAGUCAUUCUGGAUCCUCAGUGGCUGAUUGAUGUCUUCAAGAAAGUCAUCACUGUUACACCCCCUCAACGACAGAUGACAGAUCACGUCAAGUCUUGGAAUCGCCUCAAGGAAGAUGGUAUAUUGGAAGAUAUACUGAUUGAUUACAUGUGGCAAGAUCUCCUUCCAAAGAAGCAAGCACUCCUGGAUAUAAUGGACAAGUUUGACUUACUUUGUGAACGAAUUGAAGAGGGCAAGAAGACACACCAGGCCAUUUCUUAUUACGUGCCAUCGAUGCUGCAGAGACGGACAUCAGUCAGCCAAUUAGAGGACAGUGAGCAUGCUAGUGUAUUUUUUGUAGAUUUUCAAGGAUUCCUUCCAGACGGCCUGUUUCAUCGUUUAGUUGUACGAGCAUUGAGAUGGUCUCAAAACAGGGGAGGAACUAAUCCUGUUCUGCACUAUGAUCGUGGGAGUUUUUAUGUUGAUGAUCAACAUGAGUUUACCCUGCAAAUGGACCGCCAGAACAACCUUUCAUUCAUUAAAGUAAAUGUUACACGAGCACCGGUCAUCCAUACAAAACGUUCAAAACAACCCAAGAUCAAUGUAAAGAAAGCACCAUCACCAGAUGUCACAAAAGAGGUACACGAUUUUGUGGAGGAAAAUCUGCAGAACUUGAAAGAUAUGUGGAUCAAGCGUAUCAACUACUCUCUCAGUGUUGAAUGCCCCUGUAGACGUAGCUCUCUCCAUUUACUUUCCUUGGACAAAUGCUUGGAGAAGGCAGAGGUUCCCUGUAGGAUCGAGAAGUUGCCUCAACGUCUGAUCAAAACAGACCAAUUCCAAGCAAUGUUCAAUCAGGAAAGUUCAGAGGAAGAGCCCAUAACUCUCGAGGAAAGAUUGGAACCACUGAGCAACAUCCACUUAGAAGAGAUAGUUGCAGACCUUGGCCCUGAAUGGAAAAGAUUGGCAACAAACCUAGGCUUCAAAGAACAAGCUAUCUACAGGUUUGAGGCAGACACAAAAUGUGUUCAUGAUGCAAUUUUUUGCAUGCUUGUAAGCUGGACGAAAAAAUUCAAAAAGUCUGUGAAGGAGAAGCAAGAAGACUUAGCCAAAGCUCUGAGAAAGAUUGAUAAGCUGGAACUAGCUGAUAAGGUACUGAAAUAUCCAAGCAGCCCUUGAGUAAGAAUUGCAUCAGGGAUUUCGGGCAAUACAAAUACAUGCACAUGUUGUGUGUAAUUUGCAAGAACAGAGAGGUAUAUCAAGUAUACAUUAUGAGAAUUAAAACAGGGCAAAUUGGUUUUAUGCAGUGUGUCCCCACUUGUGGGUUUUGACACAAAACUGUGCCUUGCAAAUUUGACAGGAAUAUGUCAUGGGGAAACAUGACUUGGAGAAAACAUUGACUCAACCUCAAUUCUUCAGUUUGUUAACUUGAAUUACAUACUGAUGUGGUGUGUGAAAGUGGCAGUCAAAACUGGAUGUGGCAUAAAAACACAUUUAGACACACAGAAAGUACUUAUUCAGCUUUUUGAAAAGAGGACACAAAGCAUAUUCAAUUUGUCAUAUUUUGUUUGCGUCUUACAAAUACCAUUAAGAAACAUUUACAUUAGCACUUCAAAGAAUGAGUGAAGUAUUUUCUUACUUUUCAAAUUGAAUGUUAUUCCCUGUACAUCAUUUUAAAACUCUUAUCUGGUACUUUUUACCUAUCGAAUUGCCAUAUUUUUAUCACUGCCCAUUGUUUGCAAUUGUUACGUUAUAAAUACCACCCUGAAUGGAAUCAACUUUUUAAAAUGUUUAUAUUGGCAAGGGUUAUGACCUGUUCAACAGAUGUGCUGCAACAUUGGUGUGCCUUAAGUGUUACGAGAAAUUGUUAAUCCAUUUUUGAAUUUGUUAAUCCAUUCAAUGAGUUUUAUUUAUGUAUUGAGAUGCUUUUAAACCAAAGAUGUCACUAUAUCUCUCAUCAUUGUAAUGCUUUUUCACCUUGUAAAUUUGUAAUUACAUGUAAAUCAAUCAAAGAUUUAAGAUUUUGUCUGCAAAGCAACUUUGGAGUACAAUACAAACGAAUUCUAAAUAAAUCAUGUUAAUCAUUUAUCGACCCCUUGAGGAUUAAUACAUAAAAGGAUCACUGGUCACAUUGCAUUCAUGCAUGUUGUUUGAGUUUAAAUUUCAUGUACACUAUAUAACUUUCACGGUAAGUGGGCUCGUAAACAGGAAAGAGUGAUCAGAAUUGACGUGAGUAGGCGGAAAUCAUUUCCUGUUCUUCUGAAAAAAAAAAUUAAUCUCAAAAUGGAGAGUGCUCAGGAAAAAAUCGAAACCUUAACUUCAGUUUAGCAGCUACCAUUAUUGGCUAGACAUGUAAUAAUGAAUAUGGUUAUGAUAGGGCAGCAUGUAGGUUCUAUUCUUGGAAAAUCCCAAGUAAAUUAAUAUAAAUGAAUGGCAUUGUACUACCCGUGUAUCAGAAAAAUAAGAGAGACAGACUACCGUAUUAGUUCUGUUGGCAAAAUGCAGUGACAUGCACACCUCAGACAAGAGAUGCAUACAUUUACAUUUGAAAUAUCUCAGUAAUAUUAAAAUUUUAUCCUAGUAUACUGAUCAGUUACUUUCUUUCCCAUAAACUCUUUAGCAAUCAACCAGUCGAGUUGUAACAUACUCGUAUUUCAGUCAUGUCAGUCUUGUCUUAAAUCAUGGAAUCCAUCUGUCAGUUUUCUAUGUGAGUUUGAAGUCUUAAUGGUUUAUUGUAUAUACUUUUUAUUUAAUCUGUCUGAUUUAAUGUAAAUUAUUAAUGUAUAACACAUCAUGAGCAUUUCAUGGGGAGAUGUCAGUGUUUAAAAUAUGUUUGUCAAUGUUAUAUUUGUGUAAUAAAGUCGCAUCUUGUUAAUAUGAGGUCCUUCAGAGUUGGGAAAUUUUAUACCUUGUUAUAACAGGAACCUUGUACUAUCAGAAUUAAAACAUUGAAAAACAAAGGAUUAUUGGGACCCAAAAAAUUCCUUUUUAUAAGCAGAAUCUUGUACUAACAAUGCUUAUAUUAAUGAGGUUCGACUGUAUAAACAGUUUUUCAUGCCCUCAGACUGUUAUUUUGUACAUUGUACCAUAAACACAUUCCAUCAUUGUUCAGUACUCAUAUUUUUAAACAUUAGGUGUACUUACAGGUGGGUGUUGUUUUGUUGUGAGGAAGAUUUAAUGUUGUUAAAGAAACCUGCAUGAAAAACCUAGUCAGCCGGAGCAGGCUAAAGGAGGAAAGUCAAAUGCCGGGCUGAUGCAAUGAAGUACCCUUUACUUACUACCAACAAAGGAUGAGUUCCUCCAUUUCUUUCUUUUCUUUUAAUGCCAUUGUGAUAGACAACUAUCAUAAAAAAGUGGACUUCAUUGUGCCAGGUAUCAGAAAGUAUUCUGGUUUCUGAAAUAAAAAGUAUAGAGCCUUCA